AUGUCUGCAAGGGACGGGGCUCACAAGAUUGAGAUCGAGGCUGAAGAUGCUCAGACCGAGCCCAUCCUGCUUCUGACUCCAAGGAGAAUGGAUUUCAAGCCAGGCUUCUCACAUUUCUACAUGCAUGUAUGCGGUGACUUCCUUCAGAGAAGCACUGCGGAGAGAAAAGUAUACAAGCUCAAUCCGUGGCUCAUUUUGUUCUCCCAUGAGCCUCUUUCUGCCGUACUCACCUUGCUUCCUGUACAAAUCAUCUUCAUCAUAGUUGGCAUGCUGUGGAUCAUCUUCGAGUCGAUAUCUCUCAGGCACAUUGAAUCUACAGGCUACUUCUCUCUGUCUGUUGAGCAGGGAAAAAUAGUAUCGGAGUUUCUAUUCCAAGAUUAUCUUCCAAAGAGCCAUCUUGCCUGCACUUGGGAGUUGUCCCUUCAAUUAGCAACCAGAUACAUCAUUGGGGCUUCUUUGAUGAUUUCCGGCUUCCUGGCGAUCAGGAACAAGUUUCAUCGAUCAAAGCUGGUAGAUCCCUCGGUCUUGAUCUUUGCAGGCUUGCUCGAUGCGCUGCUGAACUUGCUCAUCUUCUUCCGAAUGUCGUCCGAGGGCUAUGAAGAGACUGCGUUGGGGGGAACACGACACCAGUUCAUGAUCUAUGCCAUCACGGAUCUCUUCUUCUUUCCAGCUCCAAUGCUCUUCAGCGAAAUGUACGUGGUCGAGCAAGUCAGCCUAGCGCACAUCACCAUCUUUGGUUCUGCGUUGGGAGCAGGAGUCGUGAGAUAUGAGAGCAUUGUCAUGUUGGCGGUCACUAUUCUCUUUCUGGUCUAUCGCGAGCUCACAAGAUCGAGAACUUUGAGCGAAGCUUUGCACAGUUCUGGUGUGUUUGAGGAGGAAUGGAAUGAGGUGAAGGGCAGCCAUGCCAUGUUUCGUUUGACCAACGCUCUACGAAAUGUACGGGGAUGGGGGCCCUACGGACCAACCUUCAUCUUGCCUUCCUCGGAUCCCAGGCUUGUCCCUGGCGAAUCUGAAGUAGACAAGGAAAUUGACGACGAGAAACUUCGAAGAAGCAACCUUGAUCAGCUGUACGCCCAGGCUCUGGUCAUCGAUCCUGUCUUCCUCUCCAAGGUCAAGUCCUUGGCCGAGGCCUCCGAUGGCUUCUUCCUCGCGCAAUCGGAGGCUGGUGAGCCACAGUAUGUACGCUGGCGAGAUGCGAUGGCAGACCCGACGCUGGAGAGCACGAUCUGCUGGGCGAAGAUCAAGAACGCCACCCGAGCUAUCGAGAAAGUCUUGUUGCUCUGCGACACUCAAGUGUCCCGCCUUACAGAUGUGGUACGACAGAGCAUCAUCUUCAAGGACCUCGACCAUCUGUGCGACUGCCUGGACAAGAUUGCCAGGGACCCGGAGAUCGAAGUUGUGCGAAUCAAGAACAGGCUGGAUCCAGACUUCGACAGCAAGAUAUCGGGGGGCUACCGAGACAUUGGGAUAAACCUGCGCAUCGUCAGCACCCAGACGAAGAAGAAGGGAGUGGAGGGGCAUAUCUGCGAGCUGAGGCUGGCUUUGAUGUCGCUUCAUCGGAAGACUAGUACAGGCAUGUUUCAGAGGUACCAACGGGUGAAGCAGGUUCUUCGCUUCCGCACAGGGACGUCUCAGCUGGCGAGAAAGUAUGCGGAUGCUCCGUUGAGGACGCGGCUGUGGCGCUUGAUGUUUCCGAUAGCUCCAAUACAAGCCGUAUCGCCUUCUGAUGUCUGGACGUCGCUCCUGCUGUGUAAGGCAUCCACGGACAAGUCGGAUGAUGCUCUCACAAUCUUCAAGGGGCUGUUCCCAGGGAACAUUCUCGAUGAUUAUCUCUUCACCAGCGCACAUGGUGUAGUCGAUGCGGCCACAUCUACCAUCAUGUACUCGUCGACGCCGCUCAGAAGCGCUUCCUACAAGCCCUUCUUCCAGGUGUUGCUCUUUGUUAUUUCGGGCGCCUUUGCAUACUCAAUCGCCAGUAAUUCAUGGUUGAGUGCGCGUGGAGUGAUAGCGAAUGGGAAGUUCAGCGCUAGGCACUAUCGUCUAGAUGUGAAUGCCGAUCCGUCGAUUGCUGUUUCUGCACAAUCACAAUCCUUCCCGAAUCGCUCGUUUGCGAUGACAAGGGAUUCUUGUCGGCGAUUCUAUCCAUCCGCCAUCUCGGUGGCAAACUCUUCUAUAUACUACACCUUCGACGAGGACAUAGUCGCGAAUGGAUGGCAGAUUGACCUCAGCGCGACUCUCUCUGCUCUUGCCUUCCAUCCUUACAAUUUUUCUUUAUUUCGUUUUGAGGGGGGCUCAGACCCGCAGCACAGCUUGCGCGAGGACUGGGUCUUGGUAAAUAAUUUUACGUGCGCAGAGCAUCCUGAAAUCUCCUUCUGCGAAGCAAAUGGAACAGUAGCUGACGGGCAAACCAUCUCCUUCGACCUCCGAGCAUCUUGGAAGGACAACCUUUUUUUUUCCUUCUCUACCGUUCAGGCUUCAUCUUGUUUUCUUGGGGGUGUAUUUUCUGUUCUCCGAAAACCCAAUCUAGUCAAAUUCUGUAUCGGGUCCCCGUUCCAUGUUGUCGGUGUAGCGGAAAUCGCAGUGGCAUUUCCUUUAUCUCUCAAGGACAACAGCCUGAUGACUCUUUCUUGGGGAAUAGCCGAUUUCAGCCUUGGGAUGUUAAUGCAAUUCAGAGAGCGAUACUCGCUACAGUAUCUGCCUCUCUAUGUGAUCUUCACUACUUUCUUCAACAUCGCUUUUUCGACCUCUUGGUUUGAAGAUCCUUUUGAUGCAUCGUAUUUUCCGUUUACAAGCUAUGUCCUAAGUGGCCUCUGGCUCUACUUUCGGUUCAAGAGGGAUUAUCUCUACCGCAAGGCUGUGAAGCAAGUCGAGCCCGACCGGUUGAAGUACGACGAGUGCUGGAGCAGGUACAUCUCGAAUGAGCCCUGCAGGAAGCGACUCGAGAAGAUCAGUGCGCUGUGUCGUCCUCACCUUUCAACCCGCAAAGUACAGCAGAAGUGUCGCAGAGAUCCUCAACUCCUGCGCCGAGACAUCGCCAUCUUCGACCCGCUCAUCGCUCGCUAUAGCAACGCAGGUGGCAGUAUCUUCGCUCCCGUCAAGUGCGGCGGCAUCGAGUACGGUCCCUUGUACUCUCUCGACCAGCUGUACGCCCAGGCUCUGGUCAUCGAUCCCGUCUUCCUCUCCAAGGUCAAGUCCUUGGCCGAGGCCUCCGAUGGCUUCUUCCUCGCGCAAUCGGAGGCUGGCGAGCCACAGUAUGUACGCUGGCGAGAUGCGAUGGCAGACCCGACGCUGGAGAGCACGAUCUGCUGGGCGAAGAUCAAGAACGCCACCCGAGCUAUCGAGAAGCUCGUGCGGUCCUACGACUUCUGCGUCUACAAGCUCACAGAUGUGGUACGACAGUGCAUCAUCUUCAAGGACCUCGACCAUCUGUGCGACUGCCUGGACAAGAUUGCCAGGGACCCGGAGAUCGAAGUUGUGCGAAUCAAGAACAGGCUGGAUCCAGACUUCGACAGCAAGAUAUCGGGGGGCUACCGAGACAUUGGGAUAAACCUGCGCAUCGUCAGCACCCAGACGAAGAAGAAGGGAGUGGAGGGGCAUAUCUGCGAGCUCCAGCUUCUGCUUGAAGACUUCCACAAGCUCAAAACCCUCGAAGGGCACAAACGGCACGUGCAGUUCCGAAACCUCCGAUGCGAGUGA